AACAAAAAUGCGCAUUUUCGCAUGCAUGAAACUAAUAACAUCGCCAAGUUACUCAACAAGCAAGUUUGCACUCACUGAACCGGAGCCACACCUUGUAUGUCUUGUGAAAGUUCAGUAAAGAGAAAGUGAGUAUCAUGUUAGACACACGCACACAGUACGAGAGUGUACCGCGUAUAGCAAACUCGCCUGUCUAGUAAACUUUCUUUAACCCACUUUCUUCGUCUCGUUGAAUAAAUUUUAGUGUAGUGUCGCGUUUGGUGGCCGGUAGUGGUAUGCCGUAGCCCUACCAUCUACCAUCCCAGCAGUCCAGAUCCCAGUGGUGGGAUAGUGGGACGUGGGGAUCGAUUUAAGUGGGACAGUGUUUUUUCCCGCGCGGCGGCGACGGCGAUAUGUGUGACAUGCAGAAAAUGCCUACCAGAGAUGAUGCUUCUUGUGACGAAGACUCGGAGAUGAAUUUCGCAGCAUUCUCCACAGCGAAUGCUGCGGGCACACACUUUGUGACCACAACCGGGCAGCUACCAGUUACUAAGCUACAGCAAAAUGUCGCCAGCAAUGGAAGCACUCUGCAACAAAUGGUGGGCAUGGUGGGCACGGACGGCGGCGUGCAGUACGUGCGCGCGGACGGGCUGCAGGCCGCGCCGCAGCUCAUCACGCUGCCCAUCUCCCUGCCCGGAGCCAAGCCGGGCGACCCGCAGCAAACUGUCCAGAUCCAAGUGCUGAGCCCCAACAUCCUCCAGCAGCAGCAGCCCAAGUACCAGAUGCAGAUCCCCAUCCAGGGCUUCCAACAAGGCGGCGCGGUGCUGACGGUGGCGUACUCGCCGGACAACAACGACGCGGGCAUACAGCUGCUCGGCAACACGCUGCCUGAAGGGCUGCAGAUGCUGGCGGCGCUGCCUCAAGACAUGCAGCUGGUCCAACAGAUGCAGGACAACAAGGAGCAACUCCAGCAGACCAUCCAACACCAGGUGUUCAUAACACCGAACCAGCAGAUAGUGAUCAACGGCCCCGAGGACACCAAGCUGAACAACAACAACACCAUCACCAACAACAACCAGGGCGUCACCAACAUCGUCAUCAAGGAGGAGUGCGACGACAACGCUAACGAUGACGAGAGCUCGCAGGGCACGGAGUCGAGUGAGAACUUGCAGUGGCAGAUAACCAGCUCGCAGCAGGACCUCAUCAAGUACUUCAACCAGUUCCAACCACAGCAACCUUCGCUGCCGGUGUCGCUGCAGCAGUUCCUCCGCAUCAACCCCUCGGACACCAAGAAGGAGACGACAGUCGAGAUCGAGGUGCUGCCCAUGGACCAGGACAAGGAGCCCAUGGCCGAGGCCGUCGUCGGAGAAGACGGCUCCCUAAGAAUACAGCCGAAAAAGAAGAAAAAGUACAAAAAGAAACCGCCAAAGCCGUCGCGGCCGAAGCCGGGGCAGGUCGUGAUCGCCAACGCGGCCGACGGCUCGCCCAUCUACUGCUGCCCGCAGUGCCAGAUGGCCUACCCCGAGAAGGAGCAGCUCGAGAUGCAUCUCUCCGUGCACGAGAUCGAGAGGCGGUUCAUCUGUGGCAUCUGUGGGGCCGGUUUGAAGCGCAAGGAGCACUUGGAGCGCCACAAGCUGGGCCACAACCCGGAGCGGCCGUACGUGUGCGGCGUGUGCCGCAAGGGCUUCAAGCGCCGCGAGCACCUCAACCUGCACACCGUCAUACACUCCGGGGUCAAGACCGAGGUCUGCCCCGAGUGCGGGAAAGGUUUCUACCGCAAGGACCACCUGCGCAAGCACAUGCGCUCGCACGAGAGCAAGCGCUUGCGCGACGACGCGGCCGACGGGGGCGGGGGGGCGGUGGGGGGGAGGGUCUCCACUCCCACCCCCGCACCCGCACCCUGCGCCUCCCCCUCCCCCUCCCCCAGCAACACCAUCCUGCCCGAAAUCACUAUACACGUGCCGACGAGCUCGAGCAUGCAGUCGGUGCAGAUCAACAUCCCGCAGCACGUCGUGACCUCGCUGCAGGCGCAGGCCGCCCGCGACACGCACCAGCACCAGCACCAGCACCAGCAGCUCGACGCGCUGUUAGCGCAGGCGCAUGCGCACCAGCACCAGCACACGUGACCGACCACCCCAGGGUAACACCCACCACACUACACUACCCCGGACCUAAUAGACUAACCGACCCAACUACCCGAACAUAACGGGGUAGGUGAGCGUACGCAGACUAUAGUCAUUAUUAACAGGUUAACACCGACCACACUACUGAGGCAACCCCGAACAUAAUGGUGUAGGUGAGCGUACGCAACAGACUAUAGUAACUAUUAACAGGAUAACACCGACCACACUACUGAGGCAACCCCGUACAUAAUGGUGUAGGUGAGCGUACGCAACAGACUAUAGUAACUAUUAACAGGAUAACACCGACCACACUACUGAGGCAACCCCGUACAUAAUGGUGUAGGUGAGCGUACGCAACAGACUAUAGUAACUAUUAACAGGGUAACACCGACCACACUACUGAGGCAACCCCGAACAUAACGGAGUUAACGAGCGUACUAACUGAGGUAACUAUCCGGACAUAAUGGUGUAGGUGAGCGUACGCAAUAGAUUAUAAUAAUGACCAACGCCAAUAGGGUAACCACGACACCUAUCUGAUGAUAAUUGAGACAACCACUGGAACAUAAAUUGAAUAGGACGAGUGUACACAACAGACUAUAGGGAGCGUGCAUGAACUAUAGGGGGCAGCACAAGAGCCCUUCAAAUUUUUAGCGCGAGGCGUAAAUGUGAAGUUUAUACUUCCGAUGUAGCCCACAAGAUGGCAGAACCUACUAUGCACAAGAAA